GACUUCCCACUUUUCUCACAUUCAACAGCAAAACACAUAGUUUAGAAAACAAACUCAACGAAACUUCCAAUUUUGUAAUCACUCAAAAAAGAAGAGCAAAUACAAUGGCUUUGGGUCUCAGGUUCUUCACAUGCCUCGUUUUUACGGUCUGCAUAGUUGCAUCAGCCGAUGCAGCCAUCUCAUGCGGAACAGUGGCAAGUAGCUUGGCUCCAUGUGCCAACUACCUGUCAAAAGGUGGAGUGGUACCAGGUCCGUGCUGUGAAGGAGUUAAAAGUUUGAACGGUAUGGCUCAAACCACACCAGACCGCCAACAAGCAUGCCGAUGCCUACAGUCCACUGCAAAGGGCUUGUCUGGUCUCGACCCAAGUCUAGCCUCUGGCCUUCCUGGAAAGUGCGGUGUUACCAUUCCCUACCCCAUCUCCAUGAGCACUAACUGCGAGAACGUCAAGUGAAGCGGGAGCUUAUAUCAGCACUUGUAUGCAGAUUAUGGUUUAGCAUAAGUAAAAUAAAAGACGUCUAUAGAUGAACGCUGAUCGAUCUCACUGUGCCUUUUUCUAGUGGCUUUGUAAUCUUUUGGUUGCUUCCGUUGUACUCUUAAUAAUAUGUUUAAGAUAUGAUGAUAGUAUCUUAAUCUUCUUUUAGUUAUACAUU